UCUUCAGUCAUUUCACAGCCAAAAUACGAAGAAGAAGAAGAAGCAAAAACCAAGCCUUUUUCUAGAAUCUCUUCAUCGCGUAAUCCGAGGUUUCGCUCCUCGCCAAGAUCGAAUUUUCUCGGCCUCAGAUGCUGUGCGGAACCACCGAUUCCGUACUCAGCACGCCGUCGAGUGCGAUUCCGAGCGGAGAAAUCGCGAGCCUCGUCGAUUCCCGAGUUCCGGCGAUCGUUUUCUAGGGUUUCGAAGCUUUCGAUACGAAUUGAGCGACGAUGCUCUCGAAUCACCUCCAUAAUGGGAUCGAGACGGCGAAGAUGGUCUGGUCGAGGCUUCCGAACGCCGAGGAUGGAGAACCCGACGCGCUUGGAAUCGCGAAGAAGAGUGACGAGAGCAGCGUCGAGAGCCUUGACUAUGAAGUCAUCGAGAAUCACGCUUACUGGGAAGAGCAGGCGCAAAGGGGGAAGCUUUAUGUGGGAUAUUGUGUGAUGGUGAAGUGGUUAUUUGCACUGCUUAUUGGCAUCGGUACUGGACUAGCUGCUGUUUUCAUCAACCUCUCCGUUGAGAAUUUUGCAGGCUGGAAGUUCGAGUUGACCUUUUCGAUAAUACAAAAAUCAUAUGUGGCGGGAUGUCUGGUGUACAUAUUAAUCAACUUGGCUUUGGUUUAUUCUUCUGUAUCUAUCAUUACACAGUUUGCACCUGCAGCAGCUGGAUCCGGUAUUCCUGAAAUUAAGAGUUAUUUGAAUGGAGUUGAUAUUCAUGGCAUCCUUCUUUUCAGAACCUUGAUUGGAAAGAUAUUUGGAAGCAUUGGCUCAGUUGGAGGUGGUCUAGCUCUUGGAAAAGAGGGUCCUCUUGUUCAUACGGGUGCUUGUAUUGCUUCUUUGCUUGGACAAGGCGGAUCUACAAAGUAUCAUCUAAAUUCAAGGUGGCUACAAGUAUUUAGAAGUGAUCGGGAUCGGCGAGAUCUUGUAACUUGUGGGUGCGCAGCUGGAGUUGCUGCUGCUUUUAGAGCUCCGGUUGGUGGUGUGUUAUUUGCAUUGGAAGAAGUUACAUCAUGGUGGAGGAGUCAGCUGAUGUGGCGUGUCUUCUUUACUUCUGCUGUUGUGGCUGUUGUGGUACGUACUGCAAUGGGGUGGUGUAAAAGUGGAAUAUGUGGACAUUUUGGCUCAGGUGGCUUCAUAAUAUGGGACGUUUCUGAUGGUCAAGAAGACUACUCUUUCAAAGAGCUAUUGCCAAUGGCAGUUAUUGGUGUAAUUGGAGGGUUAUUAGGAGCGUUAUUUAAUCAGCUUACAUUUUAUAUAGCUAAUUGGCGUCGUAACUUUUUGCACAAGAAAGGCAACCGAGUCAAGAUUUACGAAGCAUGCAUUGUCUCCGUGAUAACGUCACUCAUUUCCUUUGGUUUACCACUUUUAAGAAAAUGCACUCCUUGCCCUGGGUCGGAUCAUGAAUCUGGAAUUGAGUGCCCAAAGCCUCCAGGAAUGUAUGGGAAUUAUGUAAAUUUUCAUUGCAGUAAGGACAAGGAGUACAAUGAUCUUGCGACUCUUUUCUUCAACACUCAGGAUGAUGCCAUAAGGAAUCUGUUCACUGCAAAAACAUUUCACGAGUUCAGUGCCCAAAGUCUAUUGACCUUUUUGGUUAUGUUUUAUACUUUAGCAGUUGUAACAUUUGGCACUGCUGUUCCAGCCGGUCAAUUUGUUCCUGGAAUAAUGAUAGGAUCCACAUAUGGGCGUCUUGUUGGAAUUUUUGUUGUUAACUUUUACAAGAAGCUGAACAUUGAAGAGGGGACAUAUGCUCUUCUUGGAGCUGCUUCUUUUCUUGGUGGUUCAAUGCGGAUGACUGUGUCUUUAUGUGUCAUUAUGGUUGAAAUCACAAAUAACUUGAAACUCCUUCCUCUUAUCAUGCUUGUUCUUCUUAUUUCAAAGGCUGUUGGUGAUGCUUUUAAUGAAGGCCUGUAUGAAGAACAGGUGCGAUUGAGAAACAUCCCAUUACUGGAAUCAAGGCCUAAGUACGAGAUGCGGAAAAUGACAGCAAAGGAAGCCUGUGGAGGAAGAGUGAACUCCUUCCCUCGGGUUGUUAAGGUUGCAGAUGUGGUUUCUAUUUUGCAGAGCAACAAGCACAAUGGCUUCCCUGUGAUCGACCACACAAGAAGUGGAGAAACACUUGUCAUUGGACUCAUGCUUCGAAGUCAUUUGUUGGUACUUCUUCAGUCUAAGGCAGAUUUCCAGCAUAGUCCUUUGCCGAGUGAUUCAAGAGGAUCCAGGUCCAUCAGGCAUAGUCUCAACGAAUUUGUGAAACCUGCUUCGAGUAAAGGAAUGUCCAUAGAUGAUAUACAUCUUAGUUCCGAUGACUUGGAAAUGUACAUAGAUCUUGCCCCAUUUUUGAACCCGAAUCCCUACAUUGUUCCUGAGGAUAUGUCUUUGACAAAGGUGUAUAAUCUUUUUCGUCAGCUAGGUUUGAGACACAUAUUUGUUGUUCCCCGUCCAUCCCGUGUGCUUGGUUUGAUUACCAGGAAAGAUUUAUUGAUUGAGGAAAAUGAGGAUUCGGGAAACCUGGAGCUCCAAUCGACUAGUGUAAGAGCUCGACAACGCGAUAAGAGAUUAGUCGCAAGCAACGAAGAAGCGGAGCGCCCCCUUCUCAAUGGCCUUUUGGUCCAACAGACAUCUGGCUGAUCUGUUCAGUAUUCCUUAAUGACUAAUUUUUUCUCUUCUUUUCCUUUUUUAACUGAUUCUUCCAUUUCUACCUUCCUUCUGUCUUCACAAGUCUUGAUCUUAGGGGUUUAGAGAUAUUCGUUAAUAUUGCCCUCCUUGCAUAAGAGGGGUUCUUUAGACCACAGUGAAAUUUUGUAUCAUAGGUAACAAUAGAAGUGAAAUAAUAACAUGGCAUAUUUUUGCGACAUAAUUGUUUGUAUUAUCAUGAGAAAUAGGUGUUUCUGUGUGCAAUUGAUAUGAACCAAGUUAUGUA